AUGCAUAAUAUGCUAGAUCCUUCCCAGAUGCAUAAUAUGCUAGAUACUGCCCAGAUGCAUAAUAUGCUAGAAACUGAUCAGAUGCAUAAUAUGCUAGGAACCUGCUCGGCUGGUCCACUGGGCAAGAAUUUUGUUACGGUCUUCAUGCAGAACUACCAGUUAUCUUACAGUACUGGCACCUUCAAGCUCUUCAUUACUGGGUACAACCCUUCCACUACAGUAACUGUGUGGAUGAACAAAUCCAGCUUCAAACAGGUCUUAAAUGUAAAUGACCGAUCGACUCUCACUGUCCAGAUCCCUAAAAAUGCAGAGUUGCCAGGUGUCACUAAAUCCUGCAAUGUAAUAGUAAUCCAGGCUGAUAAAGAGAUCUCAGUCUUGUCCCUGAACUUUAAGUUACAAAGUGCUGACACUAGUAUUGUGUAUCCUGCUGAAGACCUUGGUAGUGACUACUAUGUGGUGACACCUCUGGGUGGCCCUGAUGAUGGGUUUAAGGAAUUUUCUGUUGUCAGCACUGAAGAAGCUACCAAUGUAGACAUCUAUCUCACAGGGGCUGUUACGUAUCAAGAGAAACUCUACCCAGCUAACUCAAAGCUGACUGUCCUUCUAGAAGCUUAUAAUGCUCUUCAGCUACUCAGUAAAGAUGAUCUCUCUGGGACCAGAGUGGUAUCUCAGAAGCCUGUAGCAGUCUUGAGUGGUCACACAUGUACAUGGAAGAACACAAAGUGCAAUCAUGUAUAUGAGCAACUCAGGCCAGUACCUAGCUGGGGUAACACUUUCAUCAUACCGCCAAUCUUCCUACAGACAAAGCCUGAUAUUCUAUAUGUGGUAGCUUCUCAGAAUACAAAGAUCAGUUACCAAAUUGGCCCAAAUAAAUCAACUCAAGACUUAAGUGCAGGGCAAGUAAUUCAGCUGGCAAUCCCAGUCUCAACAUCCAUUUACCUUUCGGCUAGUGCUGGAAUCCAGGUUAUGCACUACUGUACUGGUUGGGCAGAUAGGCUUUCAACACAAUAUGACCCUUUUCUGAUGACUAUCCCACCAGUAAGCAGCUAUUGCACUUCCUACUACAUCUAUGGCCAACAAGACUUUGAAAACUACGGCACAAUAGUUGCAAAGACCACAGACAUCUCUAAAAUUCUCGUCAACAAAAGCCCUGCCGAAGAUUUAUCUUGGAAUAACAUCCCUGGAAGUGAUUACUCAUGGGCAGCUCAGAGAUUAGUAAGAGGCUUCAGCUUCCAAUUGGUUGAGAACCCGGCUUCACCUUUUAUGUUGCUGUCGUAUGGAUUUAUCAGUCUUAACAGCUAUGGAUCCCCAGCUAUGUGUAUUAACACUAACUCUGGUCCAUCUUGCAGCACCGUAAAAUGCAGAGCUAGAGAGACAUGCAAGAUGUCCAAUGGAAAACCAGUGUGUGUUCCGGACUCUGAGGCCUUUUGUCAUGCUCUUGGUGAUCCCCAUUACCGCACUUUUGAUGGUCGCUUCUAUGAUUUCCAAGGCACCUGCAGUUACACCAUUGCCAAGACUUGUGGUAGUGACAGUAGCCUUCCAGCUUUUAAUAUAGCAGCCAAAAAUGAAAAUCGAGGCAAUACCCGUGUGGCCUAUGUCAGCUAUGUUACAGUUGAAGUGUACGAGUACACAGUAUCCAUAGUGAGAUAUGAAUAUGGCUUUGUCAGGGUGAAUAAUCAACGUCAAAGUCUCCCCUUCAGUCUGAAUGAUGGACAGGUCCGUCUCUAUCAAUCUGGUGGCUAUGUUGUCUUUGAAACUGACUUUUCCUUGAAGGUUUACUAUGACUGGAACUCUGUCCUAAAAAUAUACAUCUCCAGUAGCUUUUACAGCAGUGUUUGUGGCCUGUGUGGAAACUACAAUGGAAACCCAUCAGAUGACCUCAUGAAACCAGAUGGCACUCAGGCUCCUAAUUUGCUUGAGUUUGGCAAAAGCUGGAAAGUGGAAGAUGGUGACCGGUUCUGCUGGGACAACUGUAACGGGGAGUGCAAGACCUGCCCUCUCGAAACCCAAAAAACAUAUGCAAGUGAACAAAGUUGUGGCCUUCUAUCUAAGGUGCUUGAUGGUCCCUUCCGUCAAUGUCAAUCUGUCAUAGAUCCAAAGCCUUACCUUGAUAACUGUGUCUAUGAUCUGUGCAUGAAUGCGGGUUCCAAGCAGAUUCUCUGCCAGAGUUUGAAAGCCUAUGCUGACGCCUGCCAGAGAAGCAAUGUUCAGAUUGCAGAAUGGAGACAAGUCUCCGGAUGUCCAAUGCAGUGCCCUGACAACAGCCAGUACAAGCUAUGCGCUCAAGCAUGUCCACUUACCUGUAACGAUGAUGCUGUACCAUCUGUGUGCUCUAACUCAUGUGUGGAGACCUGUCAGUGUAAGGAUGGAUACGUUCUAGAUGGAGGAAAGUGUAUACCCAAGGCCAACUGUGGAUGCGUCUACCAAGGGAAGCUGUACGCAGCCAAUGAGAAGUUCUGGGGUGACAAAAAGUGUGAGAACCAGUGCACUUGCAAUCCUGCCACCAGGAAGGUUGAAUGCAAAUCCACCCGGUGUAAGUCUUCAGAGAAAUGUUCAGUGGUCAAUGGCCUCCAAGAUUGUUAUCCCGUAUCUUAUGGCACUUGCUCGGCUUCAGGAGAUCCCCACUACAUCUCCUUUGAUGGAGUGAGAUAUAACUUCCAGGGUACAUGCAUCUACCAGUUUGUUGGACUCUGCAAGAAAUCACCAGAUCUGGUGGACUUUCAAGUCAAUACUCAGAAUGAUAACAGAGGGAAUAAAGUUGUAUCUUAUGUUUCUGUAGUCCAAGUCAAGGUCUGUAACUUUGAUAUUGUCAUCUCCAGGCAGUACAAGAACAAGAUUUUGCUGAAUGGUAUAUUAACAAACCUCCCCUUCAUAGUGGAUAAUGGCAAGCUGUCCAUCUACAAGCAGGGUGACACAGCUAUAGUCCAGACAAACUUUGGUUUACGUGUCUCUUACAACUGGGACAGUCGUGUUGCUGUCACAGUUCCUGGUAGCUAUGCUGGAGCCGUAUGUGGUCUUUGCGGCAACUUUGAUGGUGACCAGAGAAAUGACUUCCUAAUGAAAAACAACCAGCUGACCACCAAGCCAACCGACUUUGGCAAUAGCUGGAAGGUGCAAAAUGUGCCUGGUUGCUAUGAAGAUGACAAAGCAGAGUGCCCCAAGUUAGCAGAACUGGAACUCCGACAUAUUAACAACAAGCAAGGAUGUGGAAUUAUUACAGACAAGAAUGGACCUUUCCGUGAGUGCCACGCCAAGAUAGACCCACAAGGAUACUUCAAGAGCUGUGUGUAUGACGCUUGCUACUACGAAGGCAGAGAUGAUAUUCUUUGCAAACUAAUAGCCAGCUAUGCAGUCUUGUGCCAAGAGGCUGGAGUCACCAUAUACCCAUGGAGAACCAACAAGUUCUGCAGUCCAGAAUGUCCAAAGAACAGUCACUAUGAAGUAUGUACAACUGGCUGUGCUCCAACAUGUCUAUCACUCUCACCUCCACUAGGAUGCAACCCUACAUGUUCUGAGGGAUGCGAAUGUAAUGAUGGUUUUAUCCUAAGUGGUGGAGACUGUGUCCCCAUUAACCAGUGUGGCUGCAGCUACAAUGAUAAAUAUUAUCAGUCUGGGGAAAUAUUUUUCCCCAGUGGGUUGUGUAACCAGCAGUGUGUAUGCACAUCUAGUGGAGUGGUGCAGUGUAAGGCUUACACAUGUGGACCCAAUGAAGAAUGUAAAGUUGUCAAUGGAGUCCAGAAAUGUCAACCAGUGGGUUCUGCUCAGUGUUCUGCAGCUGGUGAUCCUCACUACAUGUCAUUUGAUGGACUGGCCUUCAAUUUCCAAGGUACCUGCACCUAUACCCUCACCAAGCUUAUUACAAACAGAGAAAACUUGGUACCUUUUGCCAUCAAUGUGGAAAAUGAAAAAUGGGGCGAUGGAAAGGUUUCUGUCACUAAACUGGUGUCUCUUGAAGUCUACGGAUACAACUUAAUUCUUCAAUAUAAUGUCCAAGGUCGGAUUAAGAUUAAUGGAGUCUACAGUUACCUCCCAGUGACCUUAGAAGAUGGCAAGAUACGAGCUUACCAGCACGGCAUGAGGGUCAUCAUUGACACCGAUUUUGGUGUUCAGGUGAACUAUGACCUGGUCUACCAUGUCAUAGUGACCGUUCCUGGAAACUACAAGGAACAGUUGGGUGGCCUGUGUGGCAAUUACAAUGGCAACAAAAAUGAUGACUUCCAGCUCCCCGACAAGAGUCUGACUGCAGAUGCCACCAUAUUUGGAGGUUCCUGGAAGGUCCAGAUCCCUGGCGUAAUUUGUGACAAUGGGUGUGGUGGCAGUGGUAAUGCUUGUCCAUCCUGUGAUGACCGAAAAGUAGAAAUCUUCAAGACUGAGAUCUACUGUGGAUUCCUAAAGAAGCCUGGAGGCCCCCUGAGCGCUUGCUAUGCCACUAUUAACCCUGAUACAUACUUCAACAACUGUAUCUAUGACCUGUGUGCUGGAGCUGGGGACGGAGGCAUCCUCUGCAACAGCAUUCAUAGCUAUGUUGCUGCAUGCCAAGCAGCCGGUGUCACCAUAAAUCCAUGGAGAACUGACGCAUUCUGCCCGAUGACCUGCCCAGCCAAUAGCAAAUAUAAAGUCUGUGCUGAUGUAUGUUCUACAACCUGUGCUGGGAUCACCGAUCCUGCCGUAUGCCCCACCACAUGUUCGGAGGGCUGCGAGUGUAACGAUGGCUUCUUCUUUGAUGGGACGGGCUGUGUGUCAAUGAACAAUUGUGGCUGCUUUGAAGAUGGACAAUACUAUCAGCCUAAUCAGCCAGUUCUAUCCAACGACUGUAAAGAAGUUUGCACAUGCAGUCCAAUGGGGGGACUGCUCUGCGAGGACACCGGCUGUGCGGCGGAUGAGACGUGUCAGAUUACGGAUGGUAUUGUGGGAUGUGUUAAUAAAGAUCCAUGUAAGUCCAAAAAAUGUAGGAUCCAGGAAACUUGCAAAGUGCAAGAUGGAAAACCAGUCUGCGUUCCAAAUUACACUGGUACCUGUUGGGCGUGGGGAGACCCUCAUUAUCACACUUUCGAUGAUUAUAACUAUAACUUCCAGGGAACCUGCACAUAUGUCCUAUCUAAAUAUGGCGGCGGGGAUGACGGCUUGGUACCAUUUACAAUUGAAGAGAAAAAUGACAACAGAGGAACACAAGCCGUGUCCUAUGUCAGAACGGUCAACAUAUACAUGUACGGGUAUAAGAUUACCAUUAUGAAGGGCGAGUUUGGUAAAGUUCGGGUAAAUGAUGAAAUCACCAACCUUCCACUGAGAUUAUUAGAUGGAAAGAUCACGGCAAGUAUCAGUGGUGUCAAUGCCGUGGUAAAUACUGAUUUUGGCCUUCAGGUGACCUACGAGUAUAACUGGCAUGUUGUGGUCACACUCAGCAGCAGCUACUAUGGACUUACUGUUGGUCUUUGUGGCAACUUUAACAAAAAUAACAAAGACGAGAUGAUCACUGCUGACAACAAAGCAGUUACUUCCAUCAUAGACUGGGCUAAGAGUUGGAAAGUCAAUGAUCGGGAUCCUUUCUGCUUUGACUACUGCCCGGGACUCAAUUGUCCAACUUGUGAUGACAGCAAGAAGGCCAUGUAUGGAGAUGAAAAGAGAUGUGGCCUCAUCAGCAAAGUCAAUGAUGGGCCAUUCAGAGAGUGUCACUUGAAAGUUAACCCCGACAAUUUUUUCGAUAGCUGCUUAUAUGAUGUCUGCGUUAAUGGUGGAUCUAACCAAUUCCUAUGCCAGGCUCUCACUGUCUAUUCCAACACCUGCCGAAAACAGGGCAUUAAAAUAUAUGAUUGGAGGACACCUUCUGGAUGCACCUUGCCAUGUCCUGCAAACAGUCACUAUGAGUUCUGUGGAAACGCUUGUCCAGCCACAUGUACGGAUCGUACUGCUCCAUCCCGGUGCACUGAUGACUGUGUGGAGACCUGCCAGUGUGACGAUGGUUAUGUUCUCAGUGUAGAUAAAUGUGUGAAGGCUUCAAGCUGUGGUUGCACUUACAAUGGUGCCUACUACCAACCAAACCAGGAAUUUUGGUCCGAUGACAACUGCCGCCUUCUCUGCAAGUGUGAUCCAAACCUUGGCAUUGUGGUCUGUAAGGAAAACAGUUGUAAAUCAAGUGAAAGGUGCAUGGUAGUGAAUGGAGUGCGUGGCUGUCAACCCAUAAGCUUUGCCACGUGCACGGGCAGUGGAGAUCCUCACUACACAACUUUUGACAACAAGAGAUUUAACUUCAUGGGAACCUGCAUAUACCAACUGGUUGGUGUGACCUCCAAUGAUGCAUCACUGACCCGUUUUACUGUCAAGGUCCAAAACAACAACCGUGGUGGGAACACAGCUGUCUCCUACACCAAAGUGGUUACACUGGAAGUCUACGAUAUGGUUUUGACUCUUAGCAUGGACUACCCUCGUCGUAUUUUGGUUGAUGGCGUUGUCACAUCACUGCCAUUUUAUUUCCAAACGAACAAAGUUGUGGCGUACAUCAGUGGCAGCCAAGGCAUUAUUAAGACAGACUUCGACGUUACUGUAACAUAUGACUGGAACAGUUAUGUGUCAGUGACUAUACCAAGCACUUAUUCCAAUGCUGUUGGUGGCUUGUGUGGAAACUACAACAAGAAUCCCAAUGAUGACUUUGCCAUGAAGACUGGCGGAACAGCAUCAAACGAGGUUCAGUUUGGUAACAGCUGGAAAGUUGGUGAGGUUGCUGGUUGUACACCAGAGUGUACCAAGAACUGCCCUCUAUGUUCUGAAGCUCAAAAGCAAGCGUACAAGAGUGAGAAAUACUGUGGACUUAUCACCAAGCCUAAAGGACCAUUCAGCCAGUGUCUCUCAGUUGUUGACCCGACUCCUUUCUUCAAUGACUGCAUUUUCGAUGCCUGCCAAUACAAGGGACAUCCUUCAUCCUACUGUAAUGCCAUAGGUCUCUAUGUGGCCGCCUGUCAGGCUGCUGGUGUCACACUUCAAGAAUGGAGAUCGGCUUCUUUCUGCUGUCCAUCCUGCCCUGCAAACACUCAUUAUGAAUUGUGCGGAAAUGCCUGUCCAGUCACCUGCUAUGGGUUGUCAUCACCGACUGGCUGUGACUCUCUUUGCAAAGAAUCUUGUUACUGUGACAAUGGUUUCAUAAUGAGUGGUCACAAAUGUGUUCCCAUUGCCCAGUGCGGCUGUGUCUAUCAAGAUAAAUAUUAUCAAAACAACGAAGUCUUCUAUCCUAAGGGUCAAUGCAAUGAGAAAUGCCAGUGUGGGGCUGAUGGCAUUGUCAAGUGCCAAUCAGAACGUUGUGGACCUGAGGAAGAAUGCAAACUGGUCAAUGGGGCUUGGGGAUGUCAAUCUAAAGAGUGUGGCAGAUGUGAGGCUUCUGGAGAUCCACAUUACAUUUCCUUUGAUGGUCUCAAAUUUGACUUCCAAGGCACUUGCACAUACACUUUUGCAAAGGUUGUGGUGGUUGACCCACGUCUUGUGGACUUCUCUGUGGUUGUUGAGAAUGAAAGCUAUGGAAAUGGUAAUGUUGCUGUGACAAGACUUGUGGUGGUGUCUGUAUAUGGUUACACUGUGGCCAUUGCAAGAGACAUGAGAUCAGCAGUAAAGGUUGAUGGAGAGCUCAACAAAUUGCCAUUGACCUUAGAAGAUGACGGUAUCGUAGUAAAUCAAGAAGGGAACAAUGUUGUCUUACAGACAGACUUUGGUUUGAAGAUUCUGUAUGAUACGAUUUACCAUGUAGUCCUUAAUAUACCUAGUUCAUACCGUGGCAAGAUGGGUGGUCUCUGUGGCAACUUCAACGGUGAUAACAAAGAUGAAUUCCAACUUCCCAGCAAAGAGGUUGCCAAAUCUGUGAAUGAGUUUGGGGCAGCCUGGAAAGUGAGCAUUGCUGGUGCCAAGUGCAGUGAUGGCUGUGCUGUUGGAGAAUGUCUAGUAUGUGGGGAUGCCAAGCUCCAACCAUUUAAGGCUACGUCUUCUUGUGGCAUGAUCACUAACCCAGCUGGGCCAUUUAAAGAUUGCCAUUCCAAGAUUAACCCAACUGAAUAUUUUAACCACUGCAUCUAUGACUCUUGUGCUGUUGAUGGAAAAGAUGAUAUUGUGUGCAAGGGGAUCCAGGCCUAUGCAGCAGCUUGCUAUACUGUUGGUGCUACUCUAAGCUCUUGGCGAACACCAGCAUUCUGUCCUAUGUCCUGUCCAGCAAAUAGUCAUUAUGCACUUUGUACCAGAACCUGUGAGCAAACUUGUUCUGGGAUUACCGAGCCAAUGCGAUGUACAGAUCGAUGUUUCGAAGGUUGCGAGUGUGACGCCGGCUAUGUGUUGGACGGAGAUAGAUGUGUCACCAUGGACAAAUGUGGAUGUGUAUUUAGUGGACGAUACUUGAGUGAGGGCGAGUCCUUUGUCUCGGCAGACUGUACCCGUCAAUGUAAUUGCCAAGCUGGCGGUGUGACCUGUGCAGCAGUUUCAUGUAGUUCCACGGAGCGCUGUGGUCUUGUCAAUGGUGUGCGAGGUUGCUACAAGGUGGAAGGCCAAUGUUCUGUAGGCCCACAGAAGUUGGUCACUUUUGAUGGACUCUCAGGAGGAUCUAUAGGAAUUGGCCCUGUAGAGGUUGCUUCUCUGUGUGAUAUGGAUGCAUCCGGGUGGUUCAGAGUUCUUGCCGAUAUCCAGAGCUGUGGAGUAGAAGCAAAAUCUGUCUCCAGACUUCAUAUCUUCAUUCGUGGUGGCCUAGUGACCAUCUCCAAGGACAAGGAGGUCUGGGUGAAUGGUCGCUUGGCUGCUCUUCCCACUGUUUCUGGCAUUGUGUCAGUAAGUGCUGUGGAUAGUUCCAUCUCUAUCCAGAUUUCCACAAACUUGAAGAUUGAGUUUAGCAGCAGUGGAAGCCUCUUGCUCCGGGUCUCCGAGGGUCUGUCUGAGGCAGUUUGUGGGGUCUGUGGAAACUUUAAUGGAGACUCCUCUGAUGACCUCAGAGCUCCUGGAGGAAAGGUGGUCAAGGAUAUUUUGCAACUUAUAGCAUCUUGGAGAGCUCGUGACUUCAGUUGUAACGCAUGAGGCACAAUGAAGAUCCCUGACAGAACCUAGAGGAUGUUCCCUGUGACCCGAAUGACCAGAAGAUCUCUCCUCUCUGAAGAUAUUGAAUGAAUGACAGUAUACAUGUUAGAUACAUUGAAAGAGUUUACAUGGGAAAACCUUUAUAUUCCAGUGACCAUCAGACUUUUUGUUCCAUAGACUUUUAUCCUGCAACUUUUACGUAACACAUUGCUUUUAUUUGUCUUUACUUUUUCACCAAGACCUUUAUCUUUUAAAUUCUCCCUCCAGAGCUCUUAGAGACGGCACAGAGCAGCUUUGUACAAUAAAUGCAGUUGGUUCUACAGAUCUGAUUGGUCACAUCUAUUGGCAAAGACAGCUAGUUGUAAAUACUGCAGAUAUCUCCAGUAUUACAGACAACAGGAGUUGGAAGUUGGAGCAAGUCAGAGGAUCAGAUGUGGACGGAGAAAUUAGGGCCUAGAGGGGGUGGAAUGUAAAGGUGUUAAUGUAGCAGUCUGACUACAAGGUCGCCCUUCGGGUUGUGUAUUUACAGUAACACAAGACAUUACUAACGUACUGUGGGACUGAUUCAGCCAUAGACGCAAAGCUGAUGUUUCACGUUAAUGAGCGAAUAUCGUCAGACUGCGCGUGUGCCAUGAUCGCAUCAAGGUGCCGCUGCAAUACCGCUUGCAAAGAGAAUUUAAUCGCAAAGUGAUUGUCAGUAAGGGACCGUUUGGGAGAGGUAACGGGGAGUUGCCUUAAAAACUGAGGCAUGUCAUGCCCAUUUUCUGGGUGUGUAUCUGACGUUAGCUGCAAGCUCUUACGAACAGAAACAUGGCGCCUGCCGUGUCCAGUCUGCGCAUUUUUAGGUCUAACCUUAAGCUCGAUAUUCUUUGUUUCUGCAUAUAGUCUGCGAAUGUGUGCGCAAUUGUGAACGAGUUGCGGCAGCCCCUCUGGGUGUCUGUUAUCAUUUCCGGAUGGCAGCUUCACUUGCGAUAUCAGCAGUUACAAAGCCGAAAAAAAUCACACUUACAAUUGCAUUUGCGUCUACAACUGAUUCAGGACCUCAGACAUUUAAAAAAUACUAUAACCCGACUUUUUUCCAAUGGUUCUCAGUUUCACUACUUUGCACUUUAUUUUAGAUGAAGGAUAUUUUAUUCUUACAACCCUAAUGCUGCAACUCUACGUAAACUGCCAGCCUGACGCAGAUAACUGCCCUCCACAGUGCAUCAGUGACAAGUGUCUACAUUUUUACUUACUAGCAUGGGCGCAAGAUUAAUGGGACAGAGGGUCUAGAGGAUACAAGUGUUCUUAUCAGGGGAUCGACAUUGUGUAUAUUUCAUCUGAGUAACUGGGACUGUAUGUAAAAAAUAAAUCUGUAACAUUGUUUGUAAUAUCGUGAUUAUACUGCUUUAAUAAAAAGUUGGUAAAUCCUUA